UAUAGCUUGACGCGCAGUUUGCGUUCAGUGAGAUUCUCCGGCCCCGUUUUAAUUCAGUGUCUCGUAUCCUAUUGUAUUGUAAAGUGACGGUUACAAUUUCACUGAACAAAAUAUGAAAGUUUUUUUAUUUUUAACAUUUUUCUUUUUCUUUGCGGAAUAUACCUGUGCGGAAUUAAGUCAUGAAAGAACCGCACGAUUAUCUCCAGGUGCACAUCCGUGCAAAGAGGAUAAAGAUUGUCCAAAAUUCGAAGGAGUAAAAUGUGUAAUUGAUAAAUGUUUAUGUUAUGAAGGAAAUAAUACUGAAAUUGUUUGUAAAGUAAAAUCUGGAAAUAAUCCAGAAGCUAGAAAUUAUGAAGAUCCAGCGCUAGAUUCAUUUAUUGGGAAAUCGUGUACUAAUAAUAACGACUGUCAUUAUCUUCAUGCUCACUGUAAUGAAACAAAACAUUGUGAUUGUGAACCUGAUUUCACUAAUACUAAGGAUGGCAAAUAUUGUUUGAAAGCUGCUAAAAAUUUGCAAGAUGAGUGUAAAAAGGAAGAGCAAUGCACUUUUAAAUUUCCCAAUGCAACAUGUACGAAUAAAAAAUGUGUAUGUCGUGAAAAUUAUCACGUGUCUGCUAGUCAAUGUUGGAAAGAUGUUGGAUAUGGAGAAAAAUGUGAUGAUCCACGAGAAUGUUGGCAUAUUUAUGGAUAUUGUGCUACAGAAAAUAAUACGUGUGUUUGUUCCGGUGAUAGAGUUAUAAAUUCCCGAAAAUCAAUGUGUCUUGAUGUUGUUAAACAUAAUGAAAGAUGUUUUGAGACUGUUCAAUGUACAGCGAGUUUAGGGGAUGCUGAUUGUGUUCAAGGCUAUUGUCAUUGUGCUAGAAAUUAUCAUUUUGUUCCAUUCAGACAGAAGUGUAUACCUAGCAAAACUCUUGGUCAGCCUUGUGAUGACGAUGAAAAUUGUUACCAAACGUCACGAAAUGAUGAUAGAAAUUUCCUAAUAUGUGCACAUGCAAAAGUGUGCAUUUGUAGUAAUGGUUUCGAGAGAAUUGGUUAUCAGUGUGUGGAGAAAGACCUUGAAUCAUCAGCAGUCACAUUCUAUAUUUCAUCUUUACUUUUGAUGACUGUACUCGGUUUUUUAUUGUGUCUUUGAAUGAUAAACAAAUAUCUAUCUACAGUCAGCCAUAAUUGUAAAUUAUUAUUAAUAAUUUUAUUAAUUAUUCUCAUCGUCAAUAUUUUAAAAAUAAUAAUAAUUUUAUAUAAAUGUAUUUGUAUAAAGAAUAUUUAUGAAUAAUUUUAUUUAGAAAAAAAAAAAAAACAAAAAAAAAAGUGUUUCGAACUGGUAGCGAACACUUUAUAAUCGAAUAAAUUAAAUUGAAAAAAAUCUAUCAAGAUUUUUCGAAUGUUAUUGUCUUUAAUGUGAAUUCUACAGUGAUUUCUUUUAAAUGAAAAUUCACUGAGAAUAAUUAUAAAUAAAUGUUUUGUUAUAAUAAAAAAAUUUUCCUUUUU